AUGGUGUUCACUAAGAAGCUUUUACUUUGUCUUCAUGUGCGAAUUGCAGUUGCUAUUUCGUCCGAGUCUAGCAACAACGAUGACAAAUCCGACUAUUCGACACUUGACUGCCCUGCUGGUUUCAAAAAUGUCGUCUUUAACUCUGGAUACUCACCGUCGCAAUCUUCGCAGAUCCAGGGCGCUUCAAAUUAUCUCACGUUCGGGCUAGGCAGCAACUUUGGACAAAUCCCAAUGAUGGCUUUCGCAAGCGACGUCGCCAAUGCCGUCAGCUUGGUCAACUCGCCCGAUGCACCAGAGUACCUAUUGACUUUUAACGAACCUGACUACUCGUACAUGGGCUACACUCCAACCAUGACGCCGCAGCAAGCUGCUGAUGCCAUCAAGUCGCUACUUGCUUCACCCGGCACUAGGACCAAGUUCAUCGCCCCCGUCACUGCCGAUCCCUUGUCUAGCUGGCUGCCGGACUUCUACUCUGCCUGCGGAUGUCAAGACUUAACUAACUAA